GCUUGGCAUUCAGCCGCCCAAUCACAGCCUACCACACAAGCAUGAAUGUGCGCUGUGUGGUCUGGCUAUUUUCGUGGCGCCCACAUUGCUGUCACCACACAAAAUCGACGUUGCUUUUUUUGUUUUGUAUCUCUUAUAUUUUGGAACGCUCAAUUCGUGCGCAAUCCGCCCUUAUUUAUUUAUUUCACCUAAUUUCACUUCAUUUCACUAUAUAUGUUGAUUUCACAAAAACAUCUCGCAGCGCGGAUGCUGCGCGCGGCCAUAGUCGCGCUGUGCAUACUCACUCUCUGCGUUGGCCUGGUCAGUGCCGCGGCAGGCAAGGACUACUACAAGAUCCUUGGCGUCUCGCGCGACGCAUCGCAGCAGGAAAUUAAGCGCCAGUACAAAACUCUGUCACGAAAGCACCAUCCGGACAAAAACCCCGGCGACGAGACUGCACACGAGCGCUUCAUUGAACUCGCGCAGGCAUACGAGGUGCUCAGCGACGACGAGAAGCGGGAGAUCUACAAUCGCUACGGCGAGGAGGGUCUGAAGAACCAGGGCGGCCCUGGCGGCGCCGGCGGCUUCCACGACCCCUUUGACAUAUUUGCCCAGUUCUUUGGCAGCAACGUGCGUUUUGGCCAGCGCGGUGGUGGCACGCGUGCCAAGCCUCGAGGCCCUGACGUGCACAUCCGCGUGCCAGUCUCGCUGCUGGAGCUGUACACUGGGACUGAGAUUGAAGUUGACACAUCGAAGCAGGCAAUUUGUCCGCACUGCGACGGAUCUGGUGCCGCAUCGCCCGAUGACAUUGAAACUUGCAAUGUGUGCAGCGGCAGUGGUGUUCGCAUCGUCAAGCAGAUACUCGGCCCCGGAAUCGUACAGCAGAUGCAGACGACGUGCGACUCGUGCAAGGGCAAGGGCAAGAAAGUGUCCAAACCUUGCCCCCACUGCAAAGGCACGCGAGUCCACAGGGAGUCUGACCUGCUAGCCAUCCGCGUCGAGCCCGGGAUGGCCGACAGCGAGCAGGGCGAGGCGGACCAGCACCCCGACCACGAGCCCGGAUCGCUUGUCUUCCAUUUGCAGCAGCAGGCUCAUGCCACAUUCACUCGUGAGGGCGACGACCUGCACGCAGAGCUCACGAUCACGCUGCUUGACGCGCUUGUGGGGUUCACACACACCAUCCUUCACGUUGACGACAAGACGAACAUCGAGCUCAAGCGGUCCGAUGUCACUCCGCCCGGCUUUGUGCACAAGCUGGUCGGCAGAGGCAUGCCGCGGCGUCAGCGCUCUGCUGGCGCUGGUUCUGGCAAAUUUGGUGACAUGCACGUUACCUACUGGAUACAAUUCCCCAAGGCUUUAGAUGCCGGUGCCAAGGAGCAGAUAGAAAAUGUGUUUAGCAUAAAGUCCGGCAUCAAGUGGGAUGGAAGCGACAGCAGCCACGCAAAGGACUCUAACGUUCACCGCGGCCGGCAGGCGCCAUCAGAGUCUGGCCACAUGACGAGCUCUAAUUUUACCAAAAAUUAAGAGCUUUUCAAACAGGAUGCUAAAACAAUGUAAUCGAAAGAAGAUAUUACUAAGUAUAUUAAAUAUUAUUCAAAA